AUGCUAUCCGCGCGCUCAGACAUCGAGGUCACCGUCGACGACAUGACCACCGCCAUCUCCACCUUCCAGACUCUCAUUCAGGAAGCUCUCAUCCCUACUGCUAAUAGCAGCACCACCCCAGCCGAGUCCGACACCACGGCCAUCACCAAACGCGCAUCCUCCUCCUCCUCGAGCUCGACCGCUGAACUCGAAGAAAUCAACGCCAUCUUCGCCGACAUCCAACGCCUCGCCGACGGGUCCGUCCCACUCCCUCCGCCAGUCUCAUCCGAGUUGGCAUCCAGGUCCCUGGCCCGCAGAAACUCCGUCACCGACACCAUCCGCACCCUAGUCGACUGUCUCGGCCGCUUGCUCAGCGGAACGGAACGCCGCAAGCGCCGCGCCGUCUCCGAGGGAAGCGACGACGACGACCUCGCCGCCGCCCUGGCGACCAUCCACGGCUGGGCCGACGGCACGAUCCCGCUGCCCAACGACGUCGGCUCCGCCACGGGGACUUUCACGGCCGACGACGGGCUCGAGUUCGCGACCCUGCUCAAGGAUGUCAUCGUCGUGUGGCGCGCACAGUUUGAGGCUGGCCUGACGGGGCCGGCUGAGGGGACUAGUACCGCGGCGGCUCUCGCGGACAGGGCGCCUCAUGGUCAAAACUUCGGUCUCGACAGCCAGUUCUAUGACAUUGUGUUGGAUAAGAGGGGCAGAUUGUCGCUUAAGAUCGCGCUGAAGGCCUUGGCCGCGGCAAUUGAUGCUUUUGCGGAUACGCUUUGA